AUAGUGAAAAAUGCCUAAAAAGAAGACUGGUGCUCGUAAGAAAGCUGAGAACCGUCGUGAACGUGAAAAGCAGAUAAGGGCUUCAAGAGCCAACAUAGAUUUAGCCAAACAUCCUUGUAAUGCUUCAAUGGAAUGUGAUAAGUGCCAAAGACGGCAGAAGAAUAGAGCUUUUUGUUACUUCUGUAACUCUGUUCAAAAAUUACCCAUUUGUGCACAAUGCGGAAAAACCAAAUGCAUGAUGAAGUCUUCAGACUGUGUUAUAAAACAUGCUGGUGUGUACAGUACUGGCCUAGCAAUGGUGGGUGCAAUCUGUGAUUUCUGUGAAGCUUGGGUGUGUCAUGGGAGGAAGUGUCUCAGCACACAUGCGUGUAUCUGCCCUCUCGCAGAUGCAGAAUGUAUUGAGUGCGAAAGAAGUGUCUGGGACCACGGAGGCAGAAUAUUCGCCUGCUCUUUUUGCCACAAUUUCCUCUGUGAAGAUGAUCAGUUUGAACAUCAAGCCAGCUGCCAAGUUUUGGAAGCAGAGACAUUUAAAUGUGUUUCCUGUAACAGGCUUGGACAGCAUUCAUGUCUGCGUUGUAAGGCUUGUUUUUGUGACGAUCAUGUGCGAAGUAAGGUUUUCAAGCAGGAAAAAGGAAAAGAGCCUCCCUGCCCUAAAUGUGGCCAUGAAACUCAGCAGACAAAGGAUCUGAGCAUGUCAACACGUUCUUUGAAAUUUGGCCGACAGACUGGAGGUGAAGAUGCCGAUGGAGCUUCUGGUUACGAUGCCUACUGGAAGAGCCUCUCCUCCAGCAAGGCUGGAGAUGCAGGUGACCGUGAGGAUGAAUAUGAUGAAUAUGAAGCAGAAGAUGACGAUGAAGAUGACAAUGAUGAGGGAGGGAAGGAUUCCGAUACUGAGACCACAGAUGUAUUCAGCAAUUUGAAUUUAGGAAGGACCUAUGCUAGUGGGUAUGCACAUUAUGAGGAACCAGAAGAUUAAGCUUAGUAUGCUGGCAGGCUAAAAACGCUUGAAAGGAGCCGAGCAGUGCUUCACUUGAGUUGCCUAUGUGCCAGUAGGAUAGCUCUAUCAGGUACUUACAUAUCAAAGUUAGAGAGUAAAGAGUGUGGGACUUCUGCAGUAACUCCAGGUGAGAUUUUUUUUUUUUUGUAUAAACCAACAUUGGGUUUGUGGCUGGGGGAGAAAACAUGAAUGUUUUUAUUCC